CUUUUAUUUUGAAGUUCUUCCCUUUCGCAGCUUGUUUUUGUUCAUCCUUUCCUCCUCCACGGCGCCCCCUGGCGGUCACUGCUCUCCUCUGUCGGGUCGUCAUAAUAAGCUGGUAUCAGCGGCAGGGCUGUACAUUCAGCGCAGGUUUUAAACGGCUCCCGGGCUGUAAUGUCCUGACAGAGAGCAGAAGGUUUGCUUUGGGAUCCGUAGAGGACAGCGGGGAGACCGCGGCGGACAGGUCCCUGAAGGGACGGAGAUGGGACUCAUCUUAGCCGCUGGGUUCGCUCCGUGUCGCCGUGAAGAAAGCUUCAUUCGCUUUCGCUUACCUGGAGGCUGCAGCUCGGAGCCUUUAAAUUAAACUUCAGGCUAAAAGUAAGUCGACCUGCUCUCAGUUCUGAUCUUUCCACCUGGACCAGAGGAUAUGAGAGGCUGCAGGAGACGCUGAUGGAGCUCCAGGAGUUGAGCUGGCUCUGUCUGGUGGCUCUCUUCCUCGCCUCCUUGCUCAUAGUGCUGGGAUGGCUGCUCCAGUACUCGCUCACUGUACUGCGGCUCUGGAAAUCCAGGAAGGCAGCCAAGCAAGGCGGCCGAGAGACAGCCUGGCUGCAGCGGCAGCAGCAUGUCUUCUCCACGCAGCCCAAACAGAUGCAGGCUGGAGGCGUAUGGGGCUUUCUGCUGAUGAAGCUGCGCUCUGGCAAGGAUGGAGCUGCUGCCUCUGAGGCCGGGGUCAAAGGCCUGCUGACCUCCCUGUUCUCCUUCAGGUCCUUCAGGGAGCACUGGCAAAGAACCUGGGUGAAGGCUCUGAACGAGCAAGCGUGUAGGCAUGGGAGUUCCCUCCAGAUAACUUUUGACAGCAGUCUCCAGCUAACCGCUGGCUCUGCAAUAGAUAGCGUGACCUGCACUGACCAGUCAGCGAACAAAAUGGUGUUACGCUGUAAAUGCUGGGUAGACACGCUGACGUUUCCUGUGACUGUGACCCAGCAGUCACCCGCUGCUGUUUCCAUGGAUACGUAUCAGAUCACUACUGCACCGAUGAUGGCUAAGGUGGACGUGUCCCUGGAGGAAGUGGAGGACGAGGGCUUGCUGAUAUCUUGGACUUUUUCCAAGCAGCCGUCAUUUUCUCUCACCGUGUCUCCUUGCAAACUGCAGAGACAGCGCUCGGAGGCCACAGCAGACCUGGACAUGAUCAAAGGAAUGGUUGAAGACACGCUGUUCAGCGCCCACCCGGCCAUGGUCCUCAACCUCAAGGCCUCCAUGUCUCCUAGCGUGUCCCCAAUGGACCGUCUCUCAGUGGGAGCCAGCUCCACAUCCCAUGGGUUCUUAGUGAGGCGGCUCCUUCUCCAGCAGCUCAGGGUGACCUUAAGUAAAGGCCUGUGGUCCAGAUCAGGGGAGCUGUGCUGCGUCCUGAGUCUGGACCAGCCGUCGGCAGAGAGGAGGACCUGCUUCCUGCCUGUGCCGAGGAACCCCGACGCUGCCCUGGAGUGGCGCGAAGAAAUGACUCUGGAGCUUGGCCCGGAAACCAAAGAGCUCAGGUUCAGGCUUUUGGAGCGGAGCGGCACAAGAGAGCAGUUUCUUCCUGGUCACGCCGCCAUCGCCAUAAACCUGCAGUCUAAAACCCCGACUGGGCAACAUGUUCUGUGUCUCAGCUCCGGCCCUGGCUCAGCACCAGACGCCACCAUCAGCACAGAGCUGCUGUACGUAGAAACCGUUGACCCUCGCAGUUCCCCGAACGCUUUCCCUAUUCGCUCCUCGUUGACCCCUACAAAGAAGGUCGACGUGGAUCGAACAGUCACGCCAGAUGGCACCAUAGUCACUACCGUCACCACCGUGCAGUCGCGAAUGAAGCUCGAUCGCAGCCCAGGUGAUUCCCCGCUGCGUUCACCAUCCAAAGUCGAGGUGAGCGAAAAGAAGGCGGCCGUGUUGGUGGACGAAAGAGGCAGCAGCAGUCCCAACCCGAGCAAGAGCAGUCGCCUGUCUAAUGGCCUGGAUCCUGUUGCAGAGACGGCCAUUCGGCAGCUGACAGAGUCUGCAUCCAAAUCGGCCCGGAAGACUCCAACAAAGAGGAGCACGCUGAUCAUCUCUGGCGUGUCAAAGGUUCCUCUCGCCGAGGACAACUGUGCACUAUCAACGGGCUACGCGGCCGCCAUGGACGCGGCCAUGCACGGCAACCACUUCAGGUCGGGGCACCACCAGGACCCGGAUGAAACCACUCCCUCUGACGUGUCGGAGCGCCCCUCUGUGGACGACGUGGAGUCUGACACCGGGUCCGCCGGCGCCUUGGAGACGCGCAGCUUGAAGGACCAUAAAGUGGGCUUCCUCCAGAGCGGCUCCAAGCUGUUGUUCCGCAGGAGACACAGAGAAAAGGAGCCCUGUCUCAGCCAGUCCCACGAGGACAUCUCCAACAUGGGCAAUAACUUUGCAGCCCCGGCCGCGGGCUCCACCCGCAAAAAGUCUGGCAGCUUCUCCCGGCGCAUCAUCAAGCGCUUCUCCUUCCGCUCGUCCGGCAAAUCGAAAGGCAAGGCCACUGCUACCAACGGAGGAGCGAGCUCUGUGGAUAAUUGAUUAUAAUCAUGAAAGGGAUUAUUAAAGGCUCUGUGAUCAGCCCUUAACAAGCUGACAAUCCCAGUGGGUUACAACCUGCACUUCCUGAAGGAAGGAUGUUUCUGGAAGGAAAACUCUCUGAAAUUAAUCUUGUACUCCUUCAGUACAAAAAAAAUCAAAAAAAUCAUGAGAUUAAUCUAAAAUGGGAUGGUGAACUCAGUUUUCUUUGGCGAGAAGUCUGCUGCUCAGUGAAAAUAAACGCUGCAGUGAAUUUUUUUUUGUAUUCCUAUUUAAACACAAACUACUGUGUUUGAUUAAGACGGGUGGUGGAAAUACUCUAAAACUAUAAUUAUGUAAAAACACCAGUGUGAUGUUGCUGGAUACACUUUGGACUGAGGUUCUCUGCUUUUUUUUUUUUUUUUUAAUUUUGAAGGUUGUAAAAAUAUAAUUUAUUAUUAUGUGUGUCUCUUAAAUGCUAUUUAUUUUAUUCUUGCCAAAACCAAGUCAUUCUACUUGCAUUACUCUGUAAAUUAAUGACAGGCGUGAUUUCUAUGCAAAUUUCUUUUUAAAUACAUUUAGGCAACAUGCCAGAAAUCUAUGUCAGCUGAACUGUGCUGUGCAUUUAUAUCCGCUUAAAAAACAAAUCUUGUUUCAUGUUUUAACUUAUACCCUAAAUCAAAAAAGAUAUGGCGUUUAUAAUAAUUUUGUGUUAUGUAGUUGUUUUCUGUGGGAUAUCAUAUUAGAUUUGAAGGUUCAGACAAACUUUUUAUGCAGGGCAAUAAUUUUAUUCAAUCUGAAUUUAGUUUUAAAUGGUCAGGUACUCAAAGGGAUUUCAUUACUGUAAAUACUAUCAUUAUUGUGCAACAACACUACUUGCUCUGUGUUAAAUGGCUCUAAGUACAUUAAUAAUCCAGACUAGUUUAUUAUCACACUGUGGCCAGUCAGAAGUUUUUACAUUCUUAUUGGCAUUAAAUAUCAUAACAAUGUUUUUUUUGAGCAAUUGAACCAUUAUUAUUUAGGGUGGGAUAAUCAUAAUUAAAGCAAUUUUACUGAAUUAAAUUGUUUAAAAACUUUGGAUUUGAUGCCGUUUUUUGCUAAUCCACAGAAUAUCAAAAGUACCUAUAGUGUGUGUGUGUGUGUGUGUGUGUGUGUGUGUGUGUGUACAUACACACACACACUAUAGACUGACACACACCUCAGUCUUCCAUCUUCCAUAGCUCUCUAUUGAGUUAGUUGGAUUCUUUCUGCAGACUUGUCUCUUAACUCUUAAACAUGGCGGUCCAUUAAUCCAUUAAUGUUGGGACUCCAUCAGAACUCACUUCAUCUUUUCCACAACCAACUUCUGGAUCUAAACCAUCUACCAGCCGAUUUCAGGUAGAAGCACCACCCGCGACUGAACAACCAGUUUUGUCUUUAAUCAUGAAACUUUUACCAAGCAUGUGAUUAUCUUGUUCAUAUGGAUAGCAGCUUAUUUCAGUGGAGUUUGAAGUUGUCCACUUUGAGCAGAUGCUUCUUUUUUUUUCUGAUUCAUAUUCUUGUAAAUAAUUACAUUAUUGUUGCCAGUUUAUGAAAAACCUGCACCGGAUUGUGCUUGGACAUUGUAAACUUUUAUUUUUUCAUUUGAGUUGAUAGUUUCGGUCAGAUUGUUCAGUCUAGGGUACAGUUUGGAGUUCCAACAAGACAAUAGUCCCAAACACUCAUUAAAACUCGUUUGAUAAUGGAAAAUCCCAACUUUAACCACAUAGAAAAGUAUUUAGCUUGGAUUAAAAGCCAAGAAAUGUGACAAGAAACCAACCAAUUUUUGUGCAGAAUGGUCACAAAUUCAGCCAGAAUUACACCAGAAACUUUUUAAUGGCUAAAAAAAUUGGAUGGUGUCAUUUAAUCAAAUAUCAGUGAAGGUGUAUUUAUAUAUCUGAGACUGAAUAUCUAAUAUUGUCCCUGUGUGGAUUAGACAAAAUCCUGCACAAAUUCAAGGUUAGUUUAAAAAUAUUAUUGAAUCUGAUUUUUGCACCAUUCCACCCAGACAAAAAACAAACAUCAAAAUCACUGUUAAAAGAUUCAGCUAAUUUUUUAUUAAUGAUGAGUAUUUACAAAACUGUCGGAGCGUUUGAAAAGCGUGCAAAGUGCUCAGGCAGAGUGAACAUGGAAUGUGAUUUUUGUGGAAGCAGAUGAACUGCACUCAGGGCUGGGAAUUCAAUUAUUAGUAACUGUACAUUAGGAGGAAAACUGCUGCACCCAUCAAACUGCACAGGAUUUCAGCUGUUUUUCAGAGAACCUUCGAAGUGACUGCAAUAAUUUUGCGACAUCAGAAAAAAAACAAAUUAAAUAAUUCAAUAUCCAGGUUUUUUUUUUUUUUUUUGUUCUUCCUCAUCCACCAGAAGAGACGUUAAAGGAUCCCAAAGCUGGAGCCACCGCUCUCUGAGAAACAUGCUGUAAAAAUAUAAGUACAAUUAAAUUAAAAUGUUUUGCGACGUAAGAAAAGCCACUUCAUUCUCUCAAGGAAACUCUGCAAGACUGUAAAUAAAAAUGUGACAUUUAUGUAAAUCGGUGGCUUUAAAUUUUAGGAUACACAUGAACUCUAUCACACUUUCAAAAUCUAAUUUAUUGCAAAUAAAUUAUUUUUCAAACA